CAGAUAAUGACUGUAAUUAAACUAAUUAGGGGGGGCUGAGAGAAAAUAGGGCUUAUGUGAGCCCCCAGGCUACCGUGGCCUGUUACUUAUCAUCAUAUGGGUUACAGCUGAAGUCGUCCUCGUCUUCUGCCGUUGGAAUCGUUUGAUCACAAGGAAACUUUCCCCGUCCUCAUUCUGAAAUAAUGCCCUUUCCUUGGAAGAUGUGAUGCCGUUGCCUAGGAGCUAAUGUGUGGUGAGCGUUCUGGCGCAAAAUGGCUGCCGUGCAUCACCCAGGUCUUUCAACGGCCGACUCUUCUCACUCGGCGGUGUGUUGCCUACGCGCCCGAGCACCAAGAUGGAGGCUGUGUUGCGUCAUCCGUGAGUUUCACAAGUUUCCAGAAGUUUCCAGCAGACCUGUGUCUCUAUGAGUGAUCUACAGCUCUGCUUCAGAGGAGCAAAAGAAAAGCAGCAAAUGCAAGACGGGAAGUUGCCAUGGGAACAGGAUACCCCAGAGAUGGCAGUCCUGUUGUUGCCGGGGACGAUUGGAACACGCGUCUUUUCCUCCCUCCCUCCCUCCCUCUCUCUACAUCUCUCGUUCCGUGUCUCUCUCUCUCUCUCGGAAACAGAAUGGUGAACAGAUAGCCGGCUCUGGACUUUUCUCCCUCUUCAACAUGGGUGCCUGCCUGUGCACAAGUCACAAAGAGCUCCAGGGCACCAGCCAGGCACCUGUUGCUGGGCCGCAGUGCUCCAACGAGGGACAGCCCAUCGUCAAGAGUCCGCAGAAAUCAUCUAAUGGGUCACUAUCGGACAAGAAGAGUACCAGUGGGUAUGACAUCGGAGAGCUGGCCACUUCCUCCCUGCUGGGCCUGGUGGCCACGAUUAAGGAGCACAUCACCAAACCCACGGCCAUGGCCCAGGGGCGGGUCGCUCACCUCAUCGAGUGGAAGGGGUGGAGCACCGGGGCCGGGGCGGAGGGGGCCGGGUACACCUGGGGAGGGGGCGGGGCGGGGCUGCAGGUGGACGAGCAGCUCUACAGCCACCUGACCGAUGAGAUCAAGGAGGCGCGCUUUGCCGCAGGAGUGGCAGCGCAGUUCGCCCUGGCAGAAGCUGCCAUGUGUGCCUGGUCUUCACCGGACGGCCCAGUCGACGCCAACUGCAGCGUAGCCCCAUUGCAAGAUCCCGAUGGCCUCUAUCUGUCUCGUUUUCUGUUGGACGGUGGAGGCGUAGGCGUCUCUCCGCGCCCUUACAUCGUCAACGCGGACGGCGUCAUUCCUCUUUUGCCUCAGCACCCCCAGCCUGACUCCCGCUCCUCAAGCUCUCCCUGCAAGCCGGCGACUGACUGCCCCCUACAGGAGCGGAGGACUUUGCGCCCCGACGGCUCGAUCCGACACGCGGACAGCAGCUCCCUCUCCGAAGACGAGGUUUUCUACGACUAGGCUUCGAAACACCUCAGGAGCUGUGAAACACUCACGGGAGAUUAAACCGCCACAAGGUGAUGAGUUAUGGGCACGGAGAAGUGGGCAAUCUCUUGGAUCACAGCUUCUGAUCCCUUUCUCCUCUCUGUCAAUUUCAUGAUGAAGAAUCAAUAGACUUCUAUUGGGAACUGAUUGAGCACCAGUGAUGGUGCUCUGAAGGAGGGGGAAGUCAUUAGAAAAUGGAGUACCUGCCGAUGAUGGUAGUGUCUGACUUUCUCCUUUGCUGUGUAAUGCCUUUGGAGUCUGGACAUAAAUCAAAGCCUUGGUCUA